UACCACUUCACCCGGCAGUGCAACUACAAGUGCGGCUUCUGCUUCCACACGGCCAAGACCUCCUUUGUGCUGCCCCUGGAGGAGGCCAAGCGGGGGCUGGUGAUGCUCAAGGAGGCGGGAAUGGAGAAAAUAAAUUUCUCGGGAGGAGAACCGUUUCUGCAGGACCGAGGCGAAUUUGUAGGGCAACUGGUCCAGUUUUGCAAGCAGGAGUUGAAGCUACCGAGUGUCAGCAUCGUUAGCAACGGCAGCCUGAUUAGAGAACGGUGGUUCAAGAAGUACGGUGAAUAUUUAGACAUUUUGGCAAUUUCAUGUGAUAGUUUUGAUGAGAACGUCAAUGUUUUAAUUGGCCGUGGUCAAGGAAAGAAGAACCAUGUGGAAAACCUGUAUAAACUGAGACAGUGGUGCCAAGAGUAUGCUGUUGCUUUCAAAAUAAAUUCAGUGAUCAACAGAUUUAAUGUUGAGGAAGACAUGAAUGAGCAGAUCAAGGCACUCAACCCUGUGCGCUGGAAGGUAUUCCAGUGCCUGCUCAUCGAAGGGGAGAACACUGGUGAGGAUGCCCUGAGAGAAGCAAAGAAAUUUGUUAUCAGCGAUGAAGACUUUGAACAAUUCCUGGAUCGCCACAAAGAUGUCUCCUGUUUGGUACCAGAAUCUAAUCAGAAGAUGAGGGAUUCAUACCUCAUUCUGGAUGAAUACAUGCGUUUUCUAAACUGUAGAAAUGGACGGAAAGAGCCUUCCAAGUCUAUCCUAGAUGUUGGCGUAGAAGCGGCUAUAAAAUUCAGUGGAUUUGAUGAGGAUAUGUUCCUAAAAAGAGGUGGAAAGUAUGUGUGGAGUAAAGCAGACAUGAAACUGGACUGGUAA